AUGAGUGGUUUCACUGAUAUCCCUAAAUCUGAAUCGGAGCCUCCCAUCCCAUCCCAUCAUUGUCUGUUUGACGUCCUCCGCAGGUUCGUCUUUAGCGUCCGUUCUCUCCAUAGGGUUAACUCUGUUCUCUCCAUGUGCACUUUUAAGGAAGAGACAGGAUCUGUCUGUAUGGAUUCCAACAAGCUAGGCAUUGGCUCGAGAGAUGCAAUCAGCUGUCUCCCUCAAGAGGUUCUGGGAGAGAUCUUGUCCUUACUUCCGACCAAACUUGCUGCUUCAACCUCUCUUCUCUCGAAAAAGUGGAGGCAUGUGUUUAGAUUAGUGCAUACUCUUGAUUUCGACGAUAUUGAUUUCCUGCAACCGGAACUGGGCAAAGAGGAGUGGCCUGUGAUCCGGGAGAGCUUCAGACGCUUUGUGGAUAGAACACUCGCUUUGCAACGCGGUUCUUCUAUCAAUAAGUUCUCUCUAACAUAUCAAGUUGCCAACAACAGCGACGCGGUUUAUAUGCGCCGCUGGAUAUGCAAUGUCGUUGAGCGUUGUGUUUUGGAAGUUGACCUUAGGGUGAUGCCUGGUAGAAACUGGGCUUGGCUAGACCCGUUAGAUGUUGAUGAUGUUCACGGGAAAUGUCUUCUUCCUGGUCACCUCUUCAGGAGCAAGACACUGGUCAAGCUGUCUCUAGGAACAAAUACUAAUAUUGGAAAGCUUCCUCCGGAUGUGUCUCUUCCAGCGCUUAAGAGUCUCUCCAUCGAUUCCAUCGUGUUUGCCUAUAAAGAUCUUUGUGAUGUGCUUCUUCCUGGCUGUCCAAUGCUUGAUGAGUUGACUGUUCGCCACGAGAAUGACUUAAAUGAGCUUUACACUUACAGCAUAUCUUCUCAGAGCAUCAAGAAGCUAAAAGUUUACUAUGAUUCUAAAUAUCGAAAUGAUUAUAUGUCAUUUGACGCCCCAAGUCUUGUCUCCCUCGAUUACACUGACUAUGCCUUGUAUAAGUACCCACUCGCUAACUUUGAAUCCUUACUCGAAGCUAAGCUGAACCUUUGUUAUUCUGAAAAUAUCAAGAGGCCGGAUAUAACCGGUCUCAUUAUAGGGAUAAGCAACGUCCAGACCCUGCAUCUUUGUGGCGGUUCUGUUGAUGUGAUUUCUCGAUGUGUUAAACAUGGACUAGUUUUACCGGUGUUCAAGAAUCUGCUCAACUUAUCUUUUGCAACUGGCAACAAAAAAGGUUGGAAACUGCUGCCUUGUCUGCUUAAACAGUCUCCACAGGUUGAGACACUAAUCAUAAAGGGUAAUGAUGGCGACACGUGCGAUGUUACAAUUGGUCUGUUGCAAGUGAAGGUGUUGGAUGUUCUUGGUUAUAAAGGAACUGCUAAAGAGUUCGAACACUUGAAGAGUUUGCUUGGGGGUAUUGUUGAGUGCAUCGAAAAAAUGCGAGUGGAGUUCCAGGAAUAUAUGUGGUGGUGGAUGAUGACACUAUUACUUAAACCCGUAGGGAUCUAGUUACCCUUGUUGGAGUUGUUGCAUGCAGCGUCCCAGUGGAAAGGUAGAAGUCGCAUAUUUCAAGUAGCUUCUUAUACUUAUAAAUUGCUUCAUGAAGCAUUACUUUUGCAUGAGCCUCUUUUCUUCCGAUAUUCUCGGGUUUUAGAAGUUUCACUUGAUAUCUAGUUCUUAUGGUAGUUUGCUGUGUGUUAUGGUUUAAUGGAUUUAGUUUGUCUUUCCAUGGUUUGGAGUUUUUAUUUGUUCGGACUUUUGUUUUUGGAGAAGCCCGUAAUCCCG